AUGGCGCCUAAAAUGUCAAAAAACCAAAUGAGGCGGAUGAAGAAAAAAGAGGAGAAAAAAAAGAAACCGGACACCUCUUCAGCAACACAAUCCAACGAGUUACAGGAGCCUGAGCCCGAACCCACAGAUAGUGUAAAAUCAGAUAAAGCGAAUGCAACAGAGGAUGAUCUCGAAUCUCUCGAAGUCAAUGAAGAUGACCCAAACUUCGAUAUGUUCCGGGGAAUUCUUGAGCGCUUCACAGCAUUAUCAAAGGACGAUGAAAACCCUGCAGAUGGUAAUAUCGCCGACAAGGGCGAAGUAUUCUAUGAUGACGAUGAUGAUAUACCAGAAGAGGACCAAGAAGAAAAGGAAUCAAAGCUUUCUAAAAAAAAGAGGAAGGAAAGAGAUAAACUUUCCGUUGCAGAAUUAAAAGCUCUCGUCAAAAAGCCAGAAUUAGUCGAAUGGACAGACACAUCCGCAUCAGACCCGAGACUACUCGUGCACAUAAAAUCAUACAGAAACGUUGUUCCGGUACCUUCUCACUGGGCGCUAAAGCGUGAAUAUUUGUCCUCGAAACGUGGGGUGGAGAAACCACCCUUUUCUCUUCCAAAAUUUAUCCAAGAAACUGGAAUCGCUGAGAUGCGUGAUGCAGUCCUGGAAAAACAAAAUGAAGCUUCUUUAAAGCAAAAACAAAGAGAGAGGGUCCAGCCAAAAAUUGGAAAACUAGAUAUUAAUUACCAAAAGCUUUAUGAAGCCUUCUUCCGAUUUCAGACCAAGCCAGAGUUAACACGUUAUGGUGAGGUCUACUAUGAAGGAAAGGAGUAUGAAACUAAUUUACGACAUCUUCGACCUGGCGAACUUAGUGAUGAGCUAAAAGAAGCACUGAACAUUCCACCAGGAGCGCCUCCUCCAUGGCUUAUAAAUCAGCAACGAUUUGGUCCACCUCCCUCUUACCCUUCACUUAAAAUUCCUGGCCUCAAUGCACCUCCACCUACAGGUGGUGCCUGGGGUUUUCAUCCCGGUGGUUAUGGGAAACCACCCGUAGAUGAGUUCAAUCGACCCCUCUAUGGAGGAGAUAUUUUUGGAGUUUUACAACCUCAGGUCAACACCCAAGCAGGUGAACCGGUCGAACGAAAUUUAUGGGGUGAGCUUCAGGCUCCUGAGGAAGAAUCAGAAGAAGAGGAGAGUGAUGAAGAGGAGGAAGAGGCCGAUGAAGAAGAGCUUGGUGCUGGACUUCAAACACCUAGUGGGUUAGAAACUCCAGGAGGCUUGGUAUCAGCAGUACCAUCUGAAUAUCUUGGGGACAUGAGCGUAGGUGCUAAUUUUGAUCUCCGAAAGCAAAAACGCGGUACCGAGACGGAAGAGUCCUCUCACCCAAAGUCUUCAUACACAGUUAUUCCUGAACGCCAGAUCCGAGCAGAAGGAUUCUUUGGAGGUGAGCGCGCUUACGACAUCCACGCUGCUGAAAAGGCACAUCCUCCUAUCCUGGGACAGGAUGAUGACACACGAAAGCGCAAGAAGCCUGGUGAUGUUGAUGUGGCUCUUGAUCCAGAUUCCCUUCAGUCUGAAGAUGGCAUAAGUAAGGAGGAGGUGCGGCGCAGAUUUGAAGCGCAAAAGAAAGAAGAGAAGGGGCCUUGGGCUUUUGACGAGGAUUUGAGUGAUAUGAUUGCACAGGAAAGUCGCAAAAGGCAGAAAAGAGACAGUGAAAAGAGGGCAGAAAAAAGUGACAAGCGAGAAAGGAGUUACAAAUUCUAG